AUAUUAGUUUAAGUGCCAUCAGUUGUUGUGCGUUCCAUAAGCGACACGAAGCUUGUGAAUUUAUUUGGUUAGUUUUUAUUUAUAUAUAAUUUGUAUGUGAUCAAUGCAAUGUCUUAAUGAUAUCUAUCGGUUAAGUGAAUAAGAAUUGUUUUGUUUACUGCGAAAUAUUUGCAGCGUGUCUAUUAAAGCACGUGUCUAAGCAGCAGCACUACUCGUGACAAAAUGGCGCAAAAUGCACCCAAUUGUAAAGAUACACAGGAGAUUCAAUUCAAAUUGCAUGACAAGUUUGUGGCAUUUCGGAAAUGUGGUGAGCCACGCAGCAAUGUGAAUUUACUAGCUGUCUCUAGCAGUCGUGGAUUGCUUUUUACCGGCAAUCCCAACGCGCCAGAAUUAAAGGUUAUAAUCAUUAAGGACAUAGUUGCCGCCAAGACUAGCGGAAAACAGCCAUUAACUCGUCUCGUCCGUCUACCUAAUACUCCCAACUGUAUAUCAUGCAGCGCCGAUGGAAACCUGCUGGCUAUUAACUAUACUCAGCCGAAUGGGAACAGCAUGUUGUCUAUAUAUGCUGUACAAUCUUUUAUGAGCCCAGAGCUGCGCAUCGUGUACAAUAUAAGAUUAGCUCCUGAGGAUAAUGUCCAUACCUUGCAGCUGCUGUGGAAUCCUGUGCUUCCAAACAGUUUGGCCGUGGUGCUUAGCAAUGGUGGAUUGACAAUGUAUGCACUAAAGGAUGGGGGCAACUUUGAAGUGCACUCGCUGGACAAGACCAAUCAGGUUAAAUGCGGCUGCUGGUCACCAAAGGGAAAGCAGUUAGUGCUUGGAUUGUGUGGUCGUUUGCAGCAGUUCAAACCGGAUCUAACACCCGCCAAGACACUGGCUUGCCCGACCAAUUUGCACGAUGGUCCCUUCGAUAUAAUUGCUGUGCACUGGCUGUCCACAUUUCAGUUUGCUGUAGUCUUCCUGCAGCAUGGCGAGGACUGCAAUCCAGCUUUGUAUAUCAUAAAUGCACCCAAGGCGGGGGCGCCCACCUAUACAAACUACUACGACAUUUGCUAUAGUCUAAAUGGACCACGUAAUCAUCAGUUUCAUUUCACACAUGUGGCUCAGUGGAAUCUGCUCUUGCUCAGUUCAGCAAACGGCGUGGAGGUUGGAGUACUGGGUACCACGGAGGCGGGUGACACGCCCACUUGGCAGCAAUUAACACUACUUGAUGAGGCGCGGAUUGAGCUACCAUUGAGUGAAGCUACGCAGGAAGAGACAUUUCCGUAUGGGUUUGCCUUCGACACCUCCAGCACACAUCAGCUUAGCAUCAAUGAACAACAACUACCCACCAUGCCCAUGGUUCAUGUCCUGGGCACUGACGGCACUUUGCUUACCUUCAAUUUUCUUAAUCUACAACCUGGCGUUGCUUCCAUUUGCUCUCCGCCGCCGCCUUUGGCAGACACUUCAGAAAACUUUUGUGCAUUAGAUACGCUGCUGGGCGCUGAGCAGCAGACAGCAGCAGUUGCACCCCAAGCGGUUGCAGCCCCAGUGGAGGCCAGUACGCCUGCCCUUCAAGAUAUAUCCUUUGCCUUCACACCUAAUACAGUGACGUCGACUCCAGCGCCCAUGAAGGAGAAGCCACACUCGGUUUUUGCGGGCUUUGGCAACGUGGCUAAUAAAAUGCCGCCUGCUUUUGGAAGUGUUGCCAGUACUUCGCUUAACUUCGGCGGGACUGCAGCCAAUACAAUGCCGACACCUAGCUUUGGUGGCUUUGCCGCUGGCAACAAUGCAACCGCGGCAUCAUCAUCUAUGUUUAACCUACCAGUUGGCAACAAUGCACCCAGCUUUAACAACUUGGCGACAGCUGUUCCUGCUCCGACACAGCAACCGCCUCAGACUAUAGCACCAGCUGCACCUACUACUAAUAAGGCCAACAACAGCAGCAAACCACUAUAUACAGUGCCCCCGACUUUCACGCCCGCUGCCAAUGCUUCAAUUGUCCCAAAGCCGCCGCCGCCUGUGGCCAAGAGUUCAGACUUCAGCUCUGGCGAAGUGGACGAUGUGAUAGUAGAGAUCAUGAAUGUGCAGAUCAGCGCCUUUAGUGAUCAAAUCGAACAGCAAAAGCAGCAGACUCGAGCUCUUCUAGCACAGAUUGAGUCGCCAUCUUCCAUCAAAUCCUAUGCCAAGCGUCUGGAGGAUCUACAGGAGCUAAACGAUCAGGCCAAUGAUGUAGACUUUGAGCUGGACGUUCAAGGUUUGCGUCAUGCGCUAAGCGAGGCCUAUGUCAUGAUCGCAGAUUGUCGUGCAAAGCUGGAGGUUUUCAGGAAACCAGAUAUAACUCGGCUGAUGACUUCCACAAACUUUGAUGCAGCUGGGCGUCGUUUACUAUCUCGUCUGCAGAGCUAUUUGGCUGCCAAUGAGGCGCAGCUGCAGCUGGUACAGCAACAAAUUGAUGCGCAGUGGGAACAGUACCAGGAUGUGCUGCGUCGCAAUAGCAAGUCAAAAAUGCAUAUGCCCUGCUUGGAAGGCAUCUAUCAGCGUUUGACACGCCUGCAAAAUCUGACCUCCGACCAGCGUAUUCUGCAGAACAACAUAAAAUCCAAGUUAAAGGAGCGUGGACUGCUGCAGUCCGCACUUCUUAACCAGGAGUCCAGUCGCAAUCGUACUAACGAAGCCAUCGACACCUUAGCGGACUCCAUACUCUCCAUGACCUUAAACCAGGCGGUGGACUCGAAUCGCGCCAAACUCUCACAGCAGAAACUGCAAAGUAUACGCCAGCUGCUGCAACAGCACCAUGUGCACAUCAUCAGUCCACAGAGACCUGACCGUGUGGGGCUCAAAUCGGAGGUGAUUCUAGAGACAAAACGCAAAGCGGAUCUUAAGAAACAGAAAGAAGCGGCAGCAGCUGCUGCAGCAACAACUGCUACUACACGUGCUAAGCCAGCUGUGGCACAUAAGUCAACGCAGGUAGUACCUGCAGCGCCCACACAGCUAGCCAAACCUACUGCCUCCAAACCAUCAGCUGUUGCUGCCGGGGAGAAGACACAGAACAUGCCUGCCAUAGCACCAGCUUUGGCACCUGUAUCAGCACCUUUCAGCUUCAGCCAGAGCAGUCCAUUUGUUAAGACUACAGCAUCGACUGCGACCACAACUACGGUGAGCACUGGCGAGGCUGUACAGCCCAAAGCAUCAUUUUUUGGUGCCGGAGGCGGCGCACCUUUUAGCUUUGGUGGUGUUAAGCCCAUGCUGCCUUUUGGUGAACUAAGUGGGACGACCAAGUCACAGACUGGCGCUGCGCCUGCACCCUCUCCCUUUGUCGGCUUUGGCAAUAUAAAUGUAGAAUCAAUCAAGCCUAAGCCAUCACCAACACCACCCAAAGACGUAACUGUGAAGCCUGUGGAGGCUAAAAAGGAUAUGCUACCGCCUGUGGAUCUUACAGCAACUGCGGUCGCAGCCGCAGAGCCUGCCAAGACCUCAGCACCAAGCGGUUCCGCGGUCAAAACAGAGCCAGCCGCCAAGCCCUUCAGUUUUGCGGGCUUUGGCAGCAAUGCGGGCAGUAGCAUUGGCGGCGGUAGUUCGACCUUUAGUUUUGGGGGUUUUGGCGCCUCAUUGGGCAGCAGCCCAACACCCUUUACCGUGCCAACAGCUGUCACUACAGCUGCACCUGCAGCUGCUACUCUAGCUGCAACCACGACAACCACUGCAAGCAGCGUGGAUACUAUGGUCAGCAACAGCAGCACAGUCGCUCCAACAGCUACACCUGGUGUGACAGCAACAACUACCGUUGCUGCUCCCACUUCAGUUACCGGUACAGGCAAAUCCAGUAGCGCAGCCACCACUACUUCAUCAGCUGCGUCUAUUACCACUAGCAGUGCUACUCCCAUUGACAAUUUAUUUGGCUCAGUGAACAUAUGUAAGCCGCAGACUAAGGAUAACGCAGCAGUCCCUGCACCGACUAACAUCUUUAGCGGCUUUCGGCAAGGCGCCACUAGCACUUUUCCAGGUCUUUCUGCUGGAGGCGAUGCUAGCAAAAGUUUAUUUGGUGGAGCAGUCAGUUCUACCGUUGCAGACGGCAACAUAUCAACAACACCAGCUAAAUCUGCAGGAGUGGCUCCUGUUGCAGCAGCAACAACAGCUACAGUUACAGCUGCAGCUGCAGCUACAUCGCCACCAACAUCAACGCCAGCAACAACAACACCAGCUACAACAACGCUCUCAGAAACAGCUGCAGUAACUACAGCUACAGCUGCAGCGCCAGCCAUUAGCGCCGCCACCACAGCAGCAUCUUCCACAACCGCAUCAAUAGGCACCACCUUUUCCUUCUCGAAUGAGUUUAGCAGCUUAAGCGCGUCAAGUGGAGCACCUAGUGGCUCUGUAACAACUACGAGCUCAACUACGUCCGUGACGAGCAACACAUCUGGUUCAAUUUUCGGUGCUCCGAAUGCCUUUGCCCUCGCCACAUCGGUCAGCAGUCCAUUUGGAGCAACUCCUCCUAAUGCAGCUGUUGUUGCUUCACCGCCGACGGGCAACAUAUUUGGCAACGUGCCAAAGCCGGAGGCGAGCGUGUUCGCUACUAGCGCAGCUGCUCCACCCAGCGGUCUCUUUGCAACAGCAGCUGUUACAAGCAAUCCCUCACCAUUUGGCAGUGCAGCUGGCGCAUCACCUGCUACAGCUGCCACCGGCGGUAGCAUCUUUGGGCAAGCUGCAGCUAUUAAGCCCACUGGCUUUGGUUCGCCUGCUGCAGGUGGAGGCUCCAUUUUCGGUGGUGGUAACAGCACUGUCAGUCCUUCGGUCUUUGGCGGCGGUGCUAGCAGCGGCAGCUCCAUUUUUGGCGGCGGUAACAAUAACGUACAAAGCUCCCCAGCUGCUGCGCCCUCAGGCACGAUUUUUGGGCAGAGUGUUUUUGGUCAAACGGCUACAUCUGGUGGAGGGAAUAUGUUUGGUAGUGCUAGCCCUGCUCAGCCCCAACCAUCGGGCUUUGGUGGUGGCGGAUCUAUAUUUGGUGGCGCUGCCAAUGCAUCCUCGCCUGGAGGCUCCAUCUUUGGUGGGGCCAGCAGUUCCGGUGGCUUUGGCAGCUUUGCUCAAACAACUCCCACUCCUGGCGCUUUUGGUGCUGGCGUGUUUGGCCAGAGCGGUGCCGGUUCUGUGGCCCAAUCUGGAUUUGGCUCUCCACAGCAGCAGACCCAACCGCCGGCUGGUGCAUUUGGCGCCAAGCCUGUGUUUGGCGGUAGUCCCGCUUUUGGUGCCAGUCCCACAUUUGGUGGCGCACCGACAUUCGGAAGUCCUAAGGGAUUCGGCUCGUUUGGAGCUAGCCCCGGAGCCGUAGCUCCGCCAGCUUUUGGUGCACCAACUAAACCGCCAGAGGGUAACAUCUUCGAAACGCUCGGCGGCACCGACACGGGCCUGUCCUUUGGCAACUUGGCUCAAACGAGCAAUCCGAACAACCAGAAGUCCAGCUAUGGCGGAUCCUCUUUUAUGACCUAUCGAUGAAAUGUCCCCGAAACGUUUGUCUUUGUACAGUGAAUAAAAAUGUGCAUGGCGUUGAAUAAAAUUAAUUAUCUAUC